CACCGAACGGGCUGUCUGGUUGGGUGUCUUCGAAAAUUACAACGAUGGACUCAUACGUCAAUAUUUGAUGAGUAUCGACGUUUUUCUUGUCCAAAGUCGCGAUCAAUGGAUCAACAAUUUAUUGAGCUAUUUGACGCGAGUCAGGUUUGGAAACUAGUAGAUAGAGAUCAUCUCCCAAAAUGGGAGGAAUUAG